CAACUAAUCUGGGGACUUGACUAGUAAGUUAGGAACCAUAUCACUAGAUAAUACUAUUCAAGAACCACUCGAAGCUUUAGAUCUAGAACUUAAUAUGAACGAAUAACAAAACGCACAGAAUACGGUAGCGUAACGCUAAAUUAAUUUGUAGGGCUUAGUGCUUCAACUGUUGAAUAUAUUUAGUUCUUCCCGACUUUUCUUCCUGACAGCUACUUGGUUUACGGAUAACAAUAUAAUCUACAAGUUCGAGUAAGGUAACAGGCAGCAAUAAAGUUUCAAACUCCACCUUAAUAUCUUUUUGAACAAAGGACACAUGUUAUACGUGGGAAUAUAAUAAUAAAAAAGCUUGGUUGAAUGUUGUUCUUUAAAGCAAUGCCUAUAAGUUAUAUAAAAUCUAAUCGGAACAUAGGCAUUGCGUAACCAGUCCUAGAUGUUCGUUGCCAGAUAGUCUGGACAAGAAAGAGGCACUACAAGACACAAAAGGCAUCCCCAGUAUGGGCUCCGGCUCUGCGACAUCCAUUUUGUUGCUCUCUGGUUGCAUACUACAAUGCAUUUCAGCAGUGUACGGCUCCAGAAAUUGUGACCUGCUUAAUAUAAUGGAUGGAGACAUUAAGGUUUCAAGCAGUGAGCUUUGCUUAGCUGAAUUUGUCACCAAAGAGUGUUCGCCCUUUGUCAAGAGCCUUAACACUGACGAUUUGCCUUCAGACUUUCAAGGGAGCUCAUUCUCUGCAGUCAAACUUUCAAACCUAAAUAUCGUAGGCUUAGUUAAUGACUAUCUUGACAAUUCGAACACACUUUAUAAAUGCCCAGGUCUUAGAAUCGAAUGGGAUGCACCGAAAUCAGACGAUUCUUACAAAAACGUGAAGGGCUAUUUGAUACACUGGCAGUAUGAAACAAAUAUAGGCUGUCGUCUGUUCCAUUUCAACUCUUCAAACACUCUCUUGUUACAAAAGGUUAGAUUUUACUAUGAUAUUCAGUAUCUCUACGCCAGCGGCGCAAACUAUAUAGUCCGUGCUUAUAGCAUUCUCUCAUCGGAAGCAAAAGGCAAGGAAGAGAUAGACAAUUCUGCCUUGAUGCUGAGGUCAUUUCCUAUGUAUAAGUACGCCGCUGAUCCUGCACUCUGGAGUCCUUCAGUAAUACUCAAGACGUCGCCCAAGGGAAGCAUAGAAGUCAAAUUUACUCUCUCCCCUCCUGAAUUUGAACUAACACAGUUCAGAAUACAGCUUGUGAAAUAUUCCUAUGACCUUAAUAAUUAUUACAAAGCCCAAGAUUACCAUGGCAACUUGUACACACCAUCAGAGCCAGAAGGUGUGGUUCAUUUCCUCAACUUGACCUCUGACCUGUACAGCAUUGUAUUGCAGCCGAUUGACCCAUUCAGCAAUAUUGAACACCAGUGCCUGUGUUGGAAAACGAUAUCACAUAGUAUGUGUCCUGCGGAGCAAUGCUGUGAAAACAUCUGCAUGAUGAUAGUUACUCAGUGGUUUCAACUCAAUGUCACUGAACCUGAAACACAAACUACACAAGAGGCUGCUGGCUCUUAUCCAGCUCAAGUGACAUCAGCCUCAGCUUCCCGAACACCUAGUGUUCUUAUAGGGCACUCUCAGGAGAGGGAGGAAGCCAAGGGAGGUCAUCAGAGAGGCUUGUCACUUGGCGUCAUAGUUGUCAUUGUUUGUGCCGUGGGAGUAUCGUCCCUGCUCGUGGCAAUCAUUGUUGUCCUGUGUUGGCGUAGAGAGAUACUAACAGAUCUGUUGGCUAAAAAAACCUCAAAAGCACCAUUACCUGAUGUGUACCAGUCUAUUGAUACUAAGAAUGAGACAUAGACCCUACAGACCAAAGAUCAAACUAUGAAAAUAACAGCGAAAACACAAUUUUCGGAAAGAAAAGUCGGCGGAGGCAAAGAAGACUGCCUCACAAACUUCUAGACUUCUAGCCAGUCUAAAUUACAGGGACAAAUCAAUUUCACAGAUAUUGGUUUUUUAUUCAUCAUCUUGUGUCAAACAGAACAUUUUGUUUUAAAAAUAAUUUCCUUUACUGAAAUGUACCAAGGUAUAUGUUUGUAAUUUUAUUUAAAUCAACCUUUUUUUUUUUUAAAAGUAGUUUAGAACAUAUCUUAUACUGAUGAGCGCACCCCUAGACCAAAUUUAAUAAGUGAGCUCAGCUACAAUUACUAAAUUAUUUAAUUUCUGCUAAUUAAUACAUUUGAAACUCACAUCACUACCAAUCAUUAGGUUGGAAACUCAUAUGCCAAAACAUACAUUAAAUUAGGAACUAACAUAACUACCAAUCAUAAAGUUAUAAAUGGACAUAACUACCAAUCAUUGACUUGGAAACUAACACUACUAUCCAUCAUUAAGUUGGAUCUUACAAAACUAUCAAUUAUCAAGCUGGGAACUGACAUAACUACCAAUCAUUAAGCUGGGAACUAACACUACCACCACUCAUUAAGUGGGGAGCUUACAUUAUUAUCAAUCAUUAAGCUGGGAACUGACAUAACUACCAAUCAUCAAGCUGGGAACUGACAUAACUACCAAUCAUUCAGCUGGGAACUAACACUACCACCACUCAUUAAGUGGGGAGCUUACAUUAUUAUCAAUCAUUAAGCUGUGAACUAACACUACCACCACUCAUUAAGUGGGGAGCUUACAUUAUUAUCAAUCAUUAAGCUGGGAACUAACACUACCACCACUCAUUAAGUGGGGAGCUUACAUUAUUAUCAAUCAUUAAGCUGGGAACUGACAUAACUACCACUCAUUAAGUGGGGAGCUUACAUUAUUAUCAAUCAUUAAGCUGGGAACUAACACUACCACCACUCAUUAAGUGGGGAGCUUACAUUAUUAUCAAUCAUUAAGUUGGAAACUUGCAUCCCUGCAUCCCAAACCUUCAGUAAAUUUGGAACUAACAUAACUAUCAAUUAUUAAGUUGGGAAGUAACAACACUACCAGUCAUUUCAUCCCUUAGUAGGGAACUUACAUUUACCCAUCAAGUUUGGAACUAACAUCUCUACAAAUCAUCAAGUUUUGUACUAACAUCUCUACAACUCAUCAAGCUUGAAACUAACAUUUCUACAAAUCAUCAAGUUUGGAACAGUUUUAAAAAUGUUUUGUUCUUCUGUAUAGUAAAAAAAGUAAAGUUCCCUUUUCCGACCAUGUGAUCUAUAGGGCAGAUGAUGUUAAGGACAUCUGUUUCUGUGGCCAAUGGUUAACGAGCAGGGUGUCUUGUGGCCAGCACAACCACCAACCACCUUUACUUUCCCCAAUAUAAGUCAGGUCUCUCACUUCCAGUUCUCAGAAAUAUGAGUCAGGUACCCAUUAAAGUUGGCUGGACUCAGGGGCGCCCUAAAAAUUCAGAAAUUGAAAAUCCCUGUCCUCACCGAGAUUCAAACACAGGACCCCCACGUUCAGAAGCCAAUGUUCACUAAUGUUAUCAAAAAAAUAAACUCAAAAAACAAGAAAAUAAACACAGCAGAGAUCCACUGCUCCAUUUCCAUUCUUUUAAUUGCACUUAAAACUCUCUACUUACUUAACAUAGAGUUUUAGAUGUUGCUCAAACAAUCAUAAAGUUAGAUCUAGCUGAUGGCAAGACAAUGCAAUAGACCUAGCUAUUUUUUACAAGUGGUUUACAAUGUUAGUCUUAUACUAUAAUUAAAACAUAUAGCAGAUACAUUUGUUACACAUUCAGCUAUACAGUAAGUGAAGCAUUUCCCAGUAUCCUACAUUUCCUUCACAUCCUAUAGAUUUAGCUAUCAAACUUCCAUCAGCCAAUUCUCUACAGAGUAUCCAAAGAGGUAAAUGAAGAUCACAUUCAGGAAAUGAGAGACACCAUAAAUCCCAUCAGACUGAUUCCUAGAAGCUUUUUUGACCAUUUCGUCUGAGAAAGUUUAUUUAAAUACAAUAAGGAAAAGUAGAUGCAUACAACUGAAACAUGACUAGUAGAACCAGAGGCGUAGUGAGCAAAAUGUGCGCCCCCGGGGCAAUUUUAUUGUUGCCCCACCACCCACCUUCCCAUUUUCCAUGAACAUUACGUAGAAAUAUAGGCUUAUAAAGAAAAAGUAUUUAAUAAUAAUAUAAUAAAAAUAACCUUAGCAUGUAUUACCUAACUAAAAUAUCUACAAUACAUUUAUAUUUUUUGGCGCCUCUCCUCCCCCCCCCCUCACUACGCCUCUGAGCAGAACAAUAAGAAUUUGUAAUAUUUACUAAAGAAAAGAUCUAUAACAACUUUUAUAUUUAUACAGUCAAAACAUUGAUGUAAUAAAUGUGAUACUUGUCAAAGUUGACUGCAAGUAGCGGAUACCAAGCAUGUAGGAACGGAUGAUUUUUUAAACAAAUCUAAUAUUCAUUAGUUAAGAAAAAAAAUAAUCGCUCUAUACUUUGUAUAAAGCAGGGUAUUGUCUGUAAAAAAAAGUUGGGUUUUUUAAUGUUUUUCUUGUUUAUCUUAUCUCAGUCAAGCCAUUUUACUACAUGCAUGAUUUAUUUCUUUGAUUGAUGUUGGAUGUCAAUAUUGUUUAUCUUUGGAGUAAUUAUUUUAUUGAAUUGAAUUUGGAGAUAUUAAACUCUCAAUGAAUUGCAUUCAA